AUGUUCGUGUUUUCUGUUAUCAUUGGUCUUCUGGCUGCAUUGGGCUAUGCUUCGCCACUCUUGAUUCCUCAUAUCAAUAGCGAUCAGAAUGACAACAGCACCACGUUCAAAUAUGCUGCACUCGGAGACAGCUUUGCAUCCGGCAUUGGAGCCGGGCUCUGGGUCCCGGAUGACGAGAAUAACACUAUCGACGGACGGAAUAACAUUUGUGCCAGAAUGACCAAGUCCUACCCCUACUACGUCAAGGAAUCCUUCUCGGAGAGAGUCUUGACCGAGUUUGACUUCAUUGCCUGCUCUGGCGAUGUGCUGGACGAUAUUGACGACCAGGUCACUAAGGUCAACAACACCAAGAAAGACUUUGUCAGCCUGUCCAUCAGCGGCAACGAUUUUGGCUUUGGCGAUGUCGUACGAUACUGUGUCUACCCGUUCAAAGGCAUGACCGACGCCCCCUCAGACUUCCAGAAAGCUUGCGAUGAUCGACUGUCUCAAGCCGAGGCAAAAAUCGGCGACGCUUCCAUCUGGGCCAGAUACCGCGAACAGAUCCAGCUCAUCCAAGACAAAAUCCUCCUACCCUCCCCCACCGGCCACCUGUAUAUCACCGGCUACGCGCGCUUCUUCUCUCCCGAGGGCCGCGACGGCGACGAAUGCGACCGCAAGAACUUCUUCAGCUUCUGCCAGUGGGACAUCCCCUGCAAGUGGGUGUUCCCACUCAAGAUGCGCUGGGCCACGCGCCAAAAGAUGAAUGAGCUCGUGCUGGAAGUCAACGCGCGCAUCCAGGCCGAGGUCAUCGAGCCGCUGGGUGGCAAUUCCUCCGGUCUGCACUUCAUCGACGUCGACCCCAACUUUGAGGGCAGGCGAUUCUGCGAGCCGGGCAAGACCAUCUGGGGCGAUAACGACGGCGACGUCUGGUUCCACCACCUCUUCUCCGAGCUCGAGGAACUUGGAGAGUGGUUUGGACCUGCGUCUCCCGGUGCGCAGCUCGUAGCCAACGGCACACCGCAGGCUAAAGGCAUGUCGCUUCAGGAGUUAUUGAGCCAAACCCAGCCGGGCGGCACUCCCGUCGACGAUAUUGACCUGCGGUGGUUCUGGGACAAGUUCCAGCAGAGCUCCGUCUUCCAUCCAAAGAAGUAUGCUCACCAGGUGACGGCCGGCAACAUCACGGCUCGAAUGGCCGAGGACAGCUUUUUCUCGGGGGUGUUUCGAAAGUAA